ACUCUCUCAAAGGCAAAUGUGUUUUGGUUAGAAUAUACUGUUUGUGUGUGGGUAACUGUAUGCUUAGUCGAAAUUGUUCCAUAAAUAUAUUUUACAGUUUUUACAGUGUCUGUAAAAGAAGGUCAAGUUGUUUGACAAACAGUACAUUCACUUUUUGAACUUGAGAUGGUUGUCUUCUUUUCUAUCUCUUUCUGUCAGUCUGUCUCUCAAACUGUUGAAUAUUUACUUCCUCUUACUGCCAAAAGCUUUUUCACUGACUGGGUUUGAGAACUUGUUAUUCACCCUAUUUAAUUAAUAGCAACAGCGGGCACAGCUUGGGCUCUGGAGGGAGUCGUUCUAAACUUAGAGUCAAUAGCCCUUACUCAUGUUACACGUUUGCCUGUUCUUUUCACUGACAGCCACACACACUGAGCCAGUUACCUACAAAGAAACCGCUCUACUUCUGUGUUAAGUUUAUGAGCCGUGAGGACAUUUCAUUAGGCUGUGUUGUCCCUAUGUCUAUUCUUAAAAUAUGACUAUAUUGAAUAAAGUUAUUAAUGUUGGUAUCUGCUCUCUGCAGAUGUGCUGCGGUAGUCUUUACAGUAGUACUGUAUGGUCUGGCGUUCCCACUGUAAAAUAUUAUCUGAUUUGGAGAAAUGGAGAAAAUGCGUUUAAAUUUGAGUUGAAUACGAAGAGAGAUGCUGUGAGUGUUAAGGAGCUGUGCUGAGAAAUGGCUCCUGGCUGUUUACAGCUGUUCAGACUCAUGGGAUCAUCACAAAUUGAAUUAGAAUCUGACUGAGUCCUCUCUGUACAGAACUCUGAGAUGAUCAGCAUUAUUCUGUAGUGAUAAGGAUCCUCUUUGUGCACUUAAGACAGGGAAACACAUUCAGUGCAGUUUUAGACAAGGAGAGACUAUUUAACACACUGUUAGGAUUUAUGAUUUGAAUGUGCAAAAUAUUUUACAUUAUACUCAUUCGGACAUUUUACCUAAAACUUCUGGUGUUGCAUAUACAUGUACAUUUUUUUAUUCAGUUCAUGUAUUCCCAGGGAAUUGAACCCAUUAUCUAUAGCCAAGAACACAUUCUUCUUAGCUGCUUUAAAGAUAGUUCACCCAAAAAUAAAAAAUUCUGUCAUGAAAUACUCUUAAAUCUUAUGGCUUUCUUUUUUCCGCAGAACACAAAAGAAGAUAUUUUGAAAAAUGUUGUUAACUGGCACCCACUUUGCGCAUUGGUUUUGUGUCCAUUCAAUAGAAGUGAAUGGGGGGUUCGGUUACAAACUUUCUUCAAAAUAUCUUCUUUUGUGUUCUACAGAAAGUCAUACAAGUUUGAAAUGACAUGAGGGUGAGUAAAUGAUGACAGAAUUUUCAUUUUUGGGUGAACUAUUACUUUACAUUGAACUUGGCUUCACAAGUAAUUUCAGCUGGUUUACAUUAUUUCAACACAUUAAAAUAAAAUAAGCAAAACGAGCAAUUUCAGCUUAUUUUUUACAUUAUAUCAACUCAAUUUAAAGUGUGAAAUUACUUGUAAAGCCAAGUUAAGAUUUUACAUUUAAGGUAGUUUUUUACAGUGUAAUGCAAAAACAAUGUUAUAGAACUUUUAAAAGAUACUCUACGAUGCCAUAGAAGAACCAUUUUUGGCUGAAUGGUUCCAGAAAGAACCUUUACCAUCCGAAAAACCUUUCUGUUUCACUUUUUCUGAACAUUCUAUACGUUUUUUUAGAUUAUAAAAAGUAAGAAGGAAAUGGUUCUUUUAAGAAACUUUGGUGAACCGAAAAUGGUUCUUUUAUUGCAUCGCUAUGAAGAACCUUUUGUAGCACCUUUUUUAAAAAGAUGAAAGGCUGCAUUUUAAGAAUAUACUGUAACUUACCAACUUCCCACUGAUGGAAAAUGACAUAGACAUGAAGUGAUGACGGCAUGAUACUUAUGCUAGUACAACAAAAGAGAAGAAACAUCAAGACAGAGUAAAAUUAAGCACCGGUUUAUUCAAUUCCAACACGUUUAUUUGUUAUUGUGAGUGAGUUACUCACUGGGCCUGUUGUGUCCGUAUGUCAGCGAUGUGAGAAUGCUGCUGCUCUCACUUUCCAGAAAAGCCCUGGCACAGAGAGGCACUGACAAACCCACACAAACAUGCCAGCAGCACAGAGUGCUUCACUCAUCCGCGGAGCGGACGCAGACAGGAAGAGAGAGAAUGAUAUCGAUGGAAGUUUAGAGAGCGUGCGGUUUAUGUACAAGGGGAAGAUGGAUAGGAAGACAGAGAGGGAGAGAGAGGGAGAGGAGCGACUCCAUCAAUAAUGCUCCAUGGAGUUAAAGUGGAUCCGUCUUCUAGCGGGCACUAUUGAAGCUGGCUGUACACAUCAUGGCAUGCUGUUGUUGUCCUGUUCCGUGCCUCAGAAACUGCUUCUCGUUUUCAGGUUGGUCUCAUCCUGGCUUUCAUAGAUUUGUGCCAUGAGAAGAAAGAGUAACUUUCACAGGGAGACAUCACAGUGUUUCUGUCAGUCAUGGGUAACAGAUUUACCCAUGAAGGUAAUGCAGGCUGUGCACCUCCCUUGAGUGGUGGUUUGUGUGUUUUUGUCCUGUGUAAUGCUCUGAUCGCCUGUUGUGACUAAUUGUGUACUGUUGUUGUUGUUGUCGUGUGAGUUAUGAUAUAUUGUAUUUUUGUUUGUAUGAUUUUAGAUAAUAUAAUGUACUACCAUCAAGCUGUUAACUAAUAAAUAGCAAAUGGAUAGAUUGUAUUAAUUUGAUGGUUCCUGAGUAUUUGCAAUACAUAAACUGCAUGUCGAUGAUGUCAAGCGUGGUUUCAGGACGAUUCGUAUGAGGGCCAACGUGUUUGUCAUUGUUUGCAUGCACACAUUGUUCUCUCACAUUUCAGUCUGUGUUAUGCCGGCAUGAGGGCUGUUGUUAUGUCUUGCUGUCCGUUCAGGUAAUGACAUGUUCCUCCUAUUCGUUGUCAGACCGAUUCCACAUUUACCCAAAAGCUUCUGCUUAUUUCUCAUGUAGUUCAUUUAAUAACAAUCCCUUAACAUCCCACUCCCUUUCAAUAGCGAUAUCACCUGCUGAGCUUGAUGCCUUGUGGAAUGACCCUCCAUACACUUUAGCAGCCGUCAGUGAGCUCUUUCCACCCAAUGACAUCAUGACAGCUGAUGAGGAAGCGGAGGCAGAGGUGGAGGCAGAAGGCAGAGAGAGUAACUGGAGGAGGAAGGAGGCAUUGAGCGGAAGCAGCACCAUAUCUUCAGGAGAGCGUUUUUCUCCAGAUGUCGUUUUAUUAUUCAGCGGGAGGCGACGAUCUAGUGUCCAGCCUGAUGUGAAGCUUCAGGAGGCGUUACGCACCAGACUCAGGGUUGUAGAAAGCAACAGCCAGGACGUCGCACAGCUGUUCAAGGAUCUUUCUGCACGACUGGUGUCUGUUCAUGCUGAGAAGGACAGCUUUGUCAUCACUUUCAAGACCGUUGAAGAGAUCUGGAAGUUCUCUACUUAUCUGGCACUAGGAUACGUGGCAAGAUGUCUUGAGAACUUUCUGUGUGACCAGUCAUUGUGGCUGGACCCUGCGUUGCUCUGUGAUGUGGAGAUCUGUGUGACAGUGGAUGAGGAUCACUUAGCUACUCUUUACCUCGGACUCCUGGUACAGGAAGGUACAUUCUUUGCCAAGGCUUUAGGCAACAGUGAUUGCAGAGAGGAUGAAGAUGAGCUGACCUACAUGAGGAAUGACCUGAUCAUGGUGAAAGACAUUGGUCAAGAGCCCAUGUGGGAAGGCACACAGCUGUCCACGGGCCAACAUGGUCAAGUGCCCCUGCAUGAUACGCAACCUCUGCCUUAUCCUUUUUAUCAGUGGUUUCUUAAGAAAUAUCCUGGCAAUGCAGGAGGGGUCUCGGUUACAGAAAGCCUCUUUGAUCAUUCUAUCGUGGUGGGGACAUGUGUGGCAAUAGUGGACCAUUACCCGGUGGUUAAAGAUGAGCUGCAUUUACACCAGGGUGACAUUAUCAAGAUCGAGGGAUUUCUUUUCAAUACUCUGAACAUUUUCAUAGGAAAACACCUCACGAGUGGAGAGAUGGGAUUUGUUCAAAAGGCCCAUGUAAAACCUGAGAACAUCAAACCUCUCAAUGGACAAUUGGUCUUUCUGAGUGAGGAGGAAAGGGCAGCACUGUCUAAACUUAACCCCUGCUUUGAGUCCUGCCAGUCUGAUGUGAUGGGGAAUUUCUUCUCCUCUGACAUAAGCACUGUGUACAGAUUAGACAGAUUGGAUGACUCUGAUUUCACUUAUAUUAGAAACCAUCCAAAAUCAGAGCAGAAAACACCAGUAGAAGAUCCAAGAAAGAGCACCAUAUCAGAAAAGAGUGACGCAACUCCCUACCACUCGUCCCCACGGCCGUCAUUCUACACCUCUCGGAAUCAUCUCGAGCGGGAUGCCGAAGUGCUCUCCUUUAGCCUGGAGGACACCUUCCGAGAGAUGGAUGAAUAUGAGGAAGAUCCUCUAACUUUCAUGGAUGAGGGUAUCUGGGAGGCUGAUGAAGCAGAGAUGGCUGACCCAAUCCUGACCUUCCUAAACCUGGAAAAUUUCCAGGACUCAUUGGAGACACUUUAUGACCUUCGAUACUGUUUCCUGGACACUGUCUUCAGUGGUCUUUCAGAGGACGAGGUUCUUCAGCAUUUGGAAAACUUGCGAGAAGGAGCUAAGAAAGGCAGGAUGCUGUGGGCCCAUCGGCGAGCCUGCUUCCUCCUAGGCAGGCUGUGUGCCAAAAAGCUGAAAUACUCCCAGGCACGAGUAUAUUUUGAGGAGGCAUUGAAAAUGCCUGUUAAUGGUUUUGAUGAUGAACCACUUUUGAUUGCCCUGUACACCAAUCUCACCGCUGUUUAUCUGAAACAGAAGAUGAUGGACAAGUUGAGAUUUACCCUGGAGAAGGCCAGUGCACUGAUCCUGUGUCUUCCAUGCCACAACUUCUGCUCCGCGGAUGAGUUUGAACUGCUCAAACCUAUCAUGCGCAAAGCCAUAAUCGAAAAGGACAAGUACCUUGAAGCUCGGACAUGCUACCUCUGCGUGUCGCUCUUUCUUCGCCUGAGGAAAGUAGAGGAUGCUUUGCCGUUCGUUGAGAGACUUCAGUUUCUUACCAUCACUUUGUCUGCUGAUGAAGAGAGACCUAUUGCUCCAGUUGAUCUUAACUGGAUGCUGUGCAGGCUGUAUCAUAAAAAGUAUUUGCCCUAUCUCACACUAGCCUCUAUAAGCCUGGACUCAGAACCAGAACAUUCCUUGGACGAUGCAUUCCAGAAAAUUGAACUCUUUAUUAAAAACUCAGCCAGACUCAAUCCCCACUGGAAGGAAAGUACCUCAGUGCCUCCUGCACAGGUCGUGGUUUACCUUCAGCAGGCCUUGUCCAUAGCUAGCCGAGGAAAAGAUCUGAAGACUCAAAGAGAUCUUUGCCUUUGCCUGGCUAGUGUUUACCAGCAGCAUGGAGCUCCAGAAAAAGCUGUGCCCUUUGCCCACCAGGCGGCACGGGCGGGGAGGCAAAUAAAUGAGGAGGAGGGCUUUGAGGCAUCUGUACUGCUGGCCUGGCUCUUGGUUCUAACGGAGCAACCCGAACAAGCCCAGUCCACUCUGUAUCCAUUGCUCAACUCUUUGAAUGAAACAGACAGUCCGGCACAGCGUGGGGUGGUCUACAACCUCCUAGCCCUGUGCCUCCGCAAACAGGGAAGAGUUCAAGAGGGUGCCAAAAACUUCCAUUGCGCCUUGCAGAUUUCCAGAGAGAAUGGGAACAAGAGGAAUGAAGCGCUUGCCCUGGCUAACAUGGGUUGCUUGUGUCUGUCUGUAGGGGCUUCUGGCCUGGCAGAGUGUUUUCUGCUUAAUUCCCUACAACUCUACCAGUUUCUCUCAGAGAGCCCUACGGACGAGGAGCACGUCCAGACUCUUCUCUGGCUGGGCAGGAGCUACAAGGAUAGAGGAGGGAGUCAGGAAGUCAGGCUGUGCUACGAGAUGGGUCUGCUUAUUGCCAUUAGUGCCAAAAAUUUGCACAGUCAGAUGGUUGUGGCAAAUAUUCUAAGUCGUCAUUAUGCUGACUUGCUGCUAUACGGACAGUGUAUUGUUUACUAUGAGCAUUGUGUGGGGCUAUGCAGAACUCUAAAAAACAAACAACUAGAAGGAGAAUAUCUGGAGCUGCUCAGCACCCUCUAUCUCUCAUUAAACACAGAGAAGUCUUCAAGGAAGUCUCUUGAUUACUCAAAGCAAAGCUUAAGGAUCUCCAUAGAUCUGGGGAAAAGACAGGAAGAGUCUGAGACGUGGCUGCAGGUGGGCCGUAUCUACUAUCUGAUCCAUGAGGAUGAGCUGGCUGACAUGUACCUUCAGGCAGCAGUAAAGACAGCCCUGAAGAUGAAUGACCCAUGCUUCGCUAUGAGCAUUUAUGAGGAGGCAGGAGAUGUGUUUUUCAAGGGACACAGAAACCGCCUAGCUGCUCUACCGUUUUUCAGGGAUGGGAGUCUGCCAUUUGCCCGCAGUAUUAAGGAUGUGCACUCGGAGUUCAGGCUGUUGGGUAAACUCACAGAGCUUCUGAUGAAACACAAGCAGUAUGAAGAGGCACUGCAAUACGCCACACUCGCAGUGCAGGUCAGCACCACCACUGAUGUGCCUCUGAAUGAGAGAGUGUCCUUCCAUCGUCUUGCAUCAGUGUACUUCUCUUUAGGGAAGUAUGAGAUGGCUGAGAACUACUACCUGAAGUCUCUUUCACUCUGCCCCGUUGCACUGGAACAUGCCAUUGAUGUUCGGUACAAUGUUAAAGUUUACUGUAGACUGGCUGAUCUGACCCUAUACAAAUUAAAGGAUGCAUUUGAUGCCAUGGGCUACUUCCACUUGGCCCUGGCAGCAGCUCUGGAGGACAAAGAAAGCCUGAGCACGCUGUACAUCAUCUACAUGAAGCUGGCAGAGAUCCAUGCCAACCACAUGCCUGAUGCAGAACUAUGUAAGAGAUACAUGGACAGUGCACAGAAUCUGAGGAGAGAACUGGCAGGAUACUCUGACUCUACGGACACACAUCAGGACCAUGCAAAUGCAUACUGUGCUGAGUCUGUCGCUCAAACUAACGCUGGCCUUUCACACUCCAGCAUUGGUCCAGAAUCCAGCAUGACGGAUACUAGCCUUAUGAUCCCUUCCCAGGGGGAGUCUGAGUUCAUGGUUUCUAACAUCAGCCACAAAGAAGACAUUGACACCAGGUUUUCAGAGAAAACAGACUCAGAGCCUUCUGAUCAUACCAAUCCAGAGACUACUUGCACCGAUAAUACAAACCACACUAAUGGAAGUACAUUGACGGAGGGUUUGACAUUUGUAAUAUAGGAAUGGUUCAGCUGUGCAAGCAUGCAGGAUACACUUCAAGUUCUGUGCAACAAGUUGUUUAUAUGUGUGGGACACUUUGGCAUGUGUUCUUUUUGUUUUCUUUUUAUUUUAUUAAAAAUUUUCGGAAUAUAUGUGCUUUUGUUUCAUAGUGUUUAAAGAUCAGUUAUGAUGAUUUUGUAUAAUUGUAAAUAUGUAUUUUUCUCUCUGUGUACAUAUUUGUUCUAACUAUGUGAAUCUGUUGUUAAAUCUGUUUUUCUGUAUCCUGUCCAACUUUAAUUAAAAAUGCUGAAAAAAUUGUGUAAACUGCCUUGAGCAAAAAAAAAAAACUUGUUUGCUUGCAUGAUUCAUUUGUAAUACCAUAGUUUUACUACAAAUACCAUAAUUAAAUUAUAGUGAGACUUUAAUGAAUCUAUGGGUCUUAUGGUUUUACUACAACAAAUAAAUAAAUAUGAUUAAUAGUUAUACCAUGGUCUGUUUGAAUACUGGAUUCUGAUUGGCUGGAAGGUGUGCAUUAAAAGCCUUUAAUGCACGGGUAGUUCCAGUCAGUUUGAUUACAUUUAAAAUUAACUGACAAAAUAACCGUCAUUUUCACCUGUUUGAUCUAAAAUGACACUGUAAACAUCAAUAAAAGCUUUAACUUGGCAAAUAACCAUGAUAUAAGCGGGAUAAUCCACAGCUAGCCAUGCGUUAAAGGGAUUUAAUGCACGACGUGGAGGCCAAGAACCUCUGCGAAUUUUAACUGCCUAUUUGGAGUCUUGGGCUUGCGGAUUAUACUGUACAUUCAUAGCCCUAUUUCACUUAUCUGUAUAAAUGU